CCCUUCCACGAGCGCAGGGAAGUGCCCGCCGGAGAGGCACAGACCAGUGUGGGCGGUGGAAGGGACGCUCUCUAAUGCAUAUGGGAGUUUCCAGGAAGUGCAGUGGCCAUAUUGGAUCCCAUUGAGAGCUGCGAGCAGGGAUUACAUCAAUUCAGAAGAAAACAGCUCAGGAGACGGCUGGUGACUGGAGCCAUUUAGAACGCCACUAUGGCUGCCACUGAUGUAGAGAGGGCCACUAAUGAAGAGAAACGCAGCCUCGCGCUGGGCGGACAUGUGGGGUUCGACAGCCUUCCUGAUCAGCUUGUUAGUAAAUCUGUCACCCAGGGCUUCUGCUUUAACAUCCUGUGCGUGGGGGAAACGGGUAUUGGGAAGUCCACGCUUAUGAACACGCUCUUUAACACCACAUUUGAGACCGAAGAAGCUAGCCACUAUGAAAAUGGCGUUCGUCUGAGACCGCGUACAUACGAACUUCAAGAAAGCAACGUGCACCUAAAGCUAACCAUAGUCGAUACUGUAGGAUUUGGAGACCAAAUCAACAAAGAUGACAGUUACAGGUCAGUCGUUGAUUACAUUGAUACUCAGUUUGAAAAUUAUCUCCAAGAAGAGCUGAAAAUCAGACGAUCGCUUUUCAACUAUCAUGACUCCAGGAUACAUGUGUGCCUGUACUUCAUUACCCCCACGGGCCACUCUCUGAAAUCCCUGGACCUGGUCACCAUGAAGAAGCUGGAUAGCAAGGUUAAUAUCAUUCCGAUUAUAGCCAAGGCUGACACCGUCUCCAAGAGUGAGCUGCACAAGUUCAAAAUCAAGAUUAUGAGCGAGCUGGUCAGUAACGGUGUUCAGAUCUACCAGUUCCCGACCGAUGACGAUGCCGUGGCAGAAAUCAACUCUGUGAUGAAUGCUCAUCUUCCCUUUGCUGUGGUUGGGAGUACAGAAGAGGUGAAAGUGGGGAAUAAACUAGUAAGAGCCAGACAAUAUCCUUGGGGAGUUGUGCAAGUUGAAAAUGAGAGCCACUGUGACUUUGUUAAGCUGCGAGAAAUGCUGAUCCGGGUCAACAUGGAGGACCUAAGAGAACAGACCCACACGCGCCAUUACGAGCUGUACAGACGGUGUAAGCUAGAAGAGAUGGGAUUCAAAGACACCGAUCCGGAUAGCCAGCCCUUCAGCCUUCAGGAAACUUAUGAAGCAAAAAGGAAAGAGUUCCUUGGUGACCUGCAGAGGAAAGAGGAAGAAAUGCGACAAAUGUUUGUGAGCAAAGUUAAGGAGACGGAAGCCGAAUUGAAAGAAAAGGAGCGAGAGCUGCAAGAGAAGUUUACCCAUCUGAAAAGGAUGCAUCAAGAAGAGACUAGGAAGGUGGAAGACAAAAGGAAGGAGCUAGAGGAAGAGAUGAACUCCUUCAAUAAGCGGAGAGCUGCGGUGGAGUCCCUUCAGUCUCAAGCAUUCCAAGCAACUUCCCAGCAACCUCUAAAGAAAGACAAAGACAGGAAAAAAUCAGAAAUAAUAGGGAACCAGUCAGCAGUCAUCCUCUCCAACUCCAAGGUGAUGAUCACCAAGGCCAAUGUGGAGCCUCUAAACUGCAACAGCUGGUGGCAUGCCAUGCAAUGCUGCACCUGCCUCGUCAAGAGUGCUACAUGGCGAGAGGGAUUCAUUUGAGGAAUUCCAUGGAGGAGGUGAGGCCAGCUGGACAUCACCAUAGCAUGGAACUGAAAGAAAAACAAAACAAGAAUUGUCUACAUGUCUAGGUCAAUUGUCACCAUCAUUUGCUUAGGUUGACCAAACACGACAACCAAAAUGCAGUUUACAUCAGGAAGGACACAGUGUGGAUUCUUUUUAAACGUGAACCCAUGCUUUCAUCAAUCAUUAGGCCUUCAAGCUUCUAUUGAAUGUAACAGCAAUAUGUUCUCCAAACAUAAAUAACCACUUUAUUGUAUUUCCUUGCCUUGUUUGG